GUCGGCGGCGGAGGCGGGACUAAACGCUCGUCCAGCCCUGGGCGGAGGGGGGAGCCGACCCCAUCCCCGCGGCAUGGCGGGGCCUGGCAGUGGGAAGCGUGCGGCCACAGCGGCGGGCGGGGAGCGGCCUUUCCCGCGGGAGUGCUGCGAAGGGCUGGGAGGGCUGGAUUACGGGCAGGUGGAUGUGACAGCCAUGGCGCGGCUCUUCGGCUACGUGGACGUGACUGACUCUGGCUUCAUUGCUGCUGCCCUCUCCAUCGCCUUCAAUCCACUCUUCUGGAAUGUGGUAGCCAGAUGGGAGCACAAAACCCAAGCCCUCAGCCAAAUCUUCGGCUCUCCACGUGCUGCCUGCUACUGUCUGGGUGCCAUUAUCCUGUUCCUUAAUGGUGUGAGGAGUCACUGCUUCACAGAAGCCAUGAAGAGCCAGCCAAAGCUGGAGGGUUUGGACUGCCACUGGGCCUAUUAUUCAGGUUUGGCCAUCUUGGCUGUAGGGACCUUGUUUGUCGUCUCCAGCUUCUUAGCACUGGGAUUCAUUGGAACAUUCCUAGGUGAUUACUUUGGUAUCCUGAUGGAGGCAAAAGUGACCAGCUUCCCCUUCAAUGUCCUGGAUAAUCCCAUGUACUGGGGCAGUACAGCUGUCUACCUGGGCUGGUCCCUCAUGCAUGCAAGCCCAGCUGGCCUUUUGCUGACAGCAGUAGUGGCAAUUUCCUACACAAUUGCAAUGCUUUAUGAAGGGCCUUUCACAGAGGAAAUCUAUCGGCAGAAACAGAAGGGAGUGAAGAAGAAGUAGCCACAGAGCAGUGUCUUGGCUCCCUUGGCACGGUGUCUUUCCAGUCCCCACACUGCCCAAAUUGCCCCUUUUCCUACUGAGAUGUAUCCUACUAAUUAGCCUGGCAACCCUUAAUGAGCCAACUGAGCACCAUGCAGGACUGGAAGCAAUCAGAGAACCAACCCAAGUGUGGUGGCACCUCCUCACUGCAACCUGCAGGAGCUGGAGGUCCCUGUCCCCAGGUUUCUGUCCCCAUUGCCCAGGUUACUGCAGCUCCUGCCAUGAAGGCAAUGGUGUCCCAAGAGCCACAUGGCACGGGACCUCUCAACCUCUUCUUGGCCACCAAUUAUUAGAAAUCUGCAGUAAUUCAAUGCCAGCCCUGGACUGGCAGGUAAACAGAGUAACAAUUGAGACACCGGGGGCCUUUUGUAAGCAAGCUCUGAACACAGGGAAGCUCCAGCUGGUCCUGAAGAUCACCUAAAAUGCUGCUGAAGAGCCACAAGAAGCAAACAAAAACCUGGAGAAGGCAAAGGAGCCCCUGAAGUCUUUGGACACAGCUAGAGAAGGAGGAAAGGAAACUACUGCAAACUCAAAAACAACAAAACCUGCUGUGAACCCAACACUACCCUUCCUCUUUUCCAGAAGAAUGAAACUUUCCCAAGCCAGAGCUGUGGUUUCUCACCUGUGCAUGUUUCCCUGCAGCCUCUCUGUACUGUUUGCAAAGACUCCAAGAAAGGUGCCUGAAACCUAAACCACCACCUGAUGGGAUGGAGGGGUGGCAGCUGUCCCGUGGAGGAACCCCAUCAUGGAGAAGACCAAGGAGAAGACUCAGUCCUCAUCCUCACCCUGCAGCUAGCCCAUCCUUGGCCAUAUCAAUGUCCCAGCCCCCUCCACACCCACCCAGCCCCUUCUUUUCCCCAGGAGCCACGUGAGUGUCCUACUUUCCCCACCACCCGGUGCCUUCCAGCUAUUUUUCACUGCCUGACAGGGUGGUGGGUGGGAAGGAGGGAAAGGGGCUGCUCCUGCUUUCUGCACUUGGCAGCAGCCAGGUACAGAUCUGCCCCCCUGCCACCAGCUUUGGAGAGUCCCAGUGCUGGAUCCUGCCCCAAACGGGAAGAUCCCAAGGAUGAUGCUUCAAACCCAGGCUCAGUGUUUAUGGAUUCCCAGACAGUUUUGAGAAAUAAACUGCAAAGGCCCCCCCAAAAAAGGCAGUGUGGAGCCCCUGGAACGCGGCUCCACAUCUCAGCAUCGCAUCAUCCCCUCCACAGGAAAGGAUCCUCCCUUUUCUCAGUGUCACCUCCACGAAACGGUUCAAUUUCCUUUUACUUUUGCAUGUUGUAAUUCACCCUUGGAGCUUUGCUCACCAGGAAUUAAAAGUGUUGGUUUCUUUUCAGUCCAACC